CCUUGUCAUGUAAAAUGGUGUGUUACAUUUACACCUAUGACAACACCCGACUUCAGAAAAAAAACAAACCAGAACGAAACAGCAUGGACGUCGUGUCUAUUUCGCUGAAAUCUUCAAAAUAGAUCGAUAUUAUUUUUCUGCAAAAACCUUAUUGAUGUACCUUCGUGAAAAGUUCCUCAUUUAGUUUGCUAGUCAAAUAAUAACGUUAGUUUAACUCAUUUGCUUCAUUCCAUUUUAAUUAAGGAUUUAGUGGUUCAGGUUAAAUAUUUUAGCAGGCUUUAGUGAAAAUACAAGUGCGCGUAGAAUGAUCUCAGAAUGAAGUGCCACUACGAAGUAUUGUGCGUGCCGAAAGAAGCGAGCGCCUCAGAAAUAAAAAAAUCUUACCGGCGACUUGCGCUGCAAUGGCAUCCGGAUAAAAACUUGGAAAAUUUGGUAGAGGCUAAAGAACAGUUUCAACUUGUGCAGAAUGCAUAUGAAGUGCUUUCUGAUCCGCAAGAGAGAGCUUGGUAUGACAAUCACAGAGAGCAACUAUUACGCGGAGCAGGUAGUUCCUACAAUGAUGACAGUCUUGAUGUUUAUCCUUACUUUAGUCCGUCCUGUUAUAAAGGCUUUGCCGAUGACCCUCAAGGAUUCUAUGGAGUUUACACUGAGGUAUUCUCCAAAUUGGCAUCGGAGGAGGCAGAGUUUCUUGAUGAUCCAGAAGAAGUUGCCAAAAUACCUAAAUUUGGCAACUCUGCUACACCAUAUGAAGAUGUACAUGAGUUCUAUGCAUAUUGGAUGUCAUUCUCAACUAAUAAAAGUUAUGUGUGGCUAGACCAGUAUGAGAUAUCACAGGGGGACAACAGGAGAGUAAUCAAAUUGAUGGAGAAAGAAAAUAAUAAGAUUAGACAGAAAGCUCGCAAAGAGAGGAAUGAAGAGAUCAGGAGACUUGUCAGCUUUGUGCGGAGGAAGGACAAGAGAGUUAUAGAGCAUACCAAGCUGUUGCAGGAGAAGGCUGAGGAGAAUAAACGAAAGGCUGAACAAGUAAGAAGAGAAAGGAUCAUACAAAGGCAGAAGGAAAUAGAAGAAGCUAAAAAGAAGGAAGGCGAAAGCUCCUUUUUACAAAGUGAAGACUAUCACAAGAAACUAAGUGAAAUUGAAUCUCUUCUCGCUGAGGAGUUUGGCUUAUCAUCAGAUGAUGACACAAUCAGUGAAGGAGGGAUGGAAAGCAGUAAUGAAGAAAGUUCUAAGACUGAAGAGGCAAGUGAAGCUUCAAAGGCAACAGCGAAAUCUUCAACAAAGUCCAAGGCAAUCAAGAACCUUUACUGUUCAGCUUGUAAUAAACUAUUCAAGAAUAUCAAAUCAUUUGAAAACCAUGAGAAAAGUAAGAAACACAAAGAAAAUGUCUCCAAUAUGACACUAGAUGAUGAUAUUGGCAUAUCUGAGAAUGAAGAAGAUGUCGAGGAUGAUGCAGACGAUGUGAAUGAAGUCAAAGACGAAGGUGAUAAAGUGAAUGGUGAGAAGGAAGGUGAAGGUGAUCAUAUGGGAAACUCAACAUCUGAUAUUGAUAAUGAAACCUGCAGAGACACACCAAGUGAUGACUCUGAUAAAGUACAGGCUCUUCCCAAAAGUCAUAAAAAGAAAAAGAACAAAAAGAAGUUUGUUCCAAUGCCAGAGAGUGAAGGCAAUGACAGUCAUGAUGAAAUGAGUUUUAAUGAAAUAGAAGGCCCGUCUCGUAGCAGAAAAGCAAAGAAAUUCAAUAUGUUAAAGAGUCAAAUUCAGGCCAAGAAAGAGGCCAAUUUAAAGAAGGGGUCCCAGUCUCAAACAUCUACUGAGAAUUUAUAUGAAGUAUCCAGUACUACACCUACUGAUGAUGCUUUAGGAGAAGCAGCUCUACCUAGAGACAGGCCAGCUCUGCCCAAGACACAGAGGAAUAUCAAACCAAAGAAAACAGUAGAGAGGAAGCCAGUGAGGAAUAAAACAAGUGAAACUGAAGAUUCAAGCACAGCCUUGACCUUGAGAUGUGCAGUCUGUCAAACAGAUUUCCCAUCAAAGAAUAAACUAUUUGAACAUUUAAAAAAGACAGGGCACUCUGUGCCACUUCCUCCGACUAACUUCGGUCCACAACCUAGGAAAGGUAAGAAAGCUAAUAGGUAAACAUGUGCAAUUUAGAUAGGAUGGAAGUAUUAACUAAUCAUUGAGAAUCAAUGGAUUUUCUUUAAAAUCUCUACAAGUUGUAAAAGUGACUUUAUCAAUCUAUUUAUUAAAAUUAUGAUUACUGUCAUUAAAACUAUGCCUAAAUGAA